GACAUUCUUCAAUAAACAUCCAAAAGAAACGUAAAGGUGGGCAGAAGUUAAUUCUGGAAUUUUACUAAAUUUUGCAAAAUUGUUUUUUUUUUUAAAUACAUUAACCCGCAAAUAGAUUUGUGGGUAGCUCUUAAAGAAGAGAGUAGCGAAAAUCGUUUAGUACGAGAUGACUGCACCGCGCAGGCUUCGAAAAGAGCUGACUGAUCUGCAAGCGUGUGGCCUGAAAUCCUUCCGAGAAAUUAAUGCAGACGAAGAAAAUUUGCUGCGCUGGACAGGCUUAAUAGUGCCAGAUAAUGCACCCUAUAAUAAAGGUGCAUUUCGAAUUGAAAUUAAUUUUCCCGCGGAGUACCCCUUCAAACCGCCAAAGAUAAUUUUUAAGACGAAGAUCUAUCACCCAAAUAUUGAUGAGAAGGGGCAGGUAUGCCUACCAAUUAUUUCGACCGAAAACUGGAAGCCUGCAACACGUACAGACCAAGUGGUUCAAGCAUUGAUUGCCCUAAUUAAUGAUCCUGAGCCAGAACAUCCGCUGCGUGCCGACCUGGCUGAAGAGUAUCUGAGGGAUCGAAAACGUUUUAUGAAAAAUGCUGAAGAGCACACCCGAAAGAAUAGCGAAAAACGACCGACAGAUUAGGAAAGAAGCGCUGCCAAAAAUUUAUUCAAGUGAAGUAGAAAAAUAUAUGUAACAUACGGAAUAAAAUAUAACAGCAUUGGAUUGAGGUGCAUUUCCAGUCA